AUGUCCCACAAUUGGCUCAUCUUCACAUUCUCAUGGCUCGGCACGGUCAGUCCACAGUACAUCAACACGGGGGGUCCUGCUGCAGAAACAGUACUCGAUCCCCUAGACUCGACGCUGCACUACCCUUUACCAUACGUCCAUUAUUUUAAUUUACAACCAUCACGAGUCGACGAGCCCUACCAAGGAGAAUUGCAAAGUUACAAUCAGUUCUAUCAACACGAAGAAAAAGAGCAACCUCCCGAUCUACAACGGAAAAGACGCACUGCUCAAGAAGGCGAGGAAGAAAGAACUAGACGUUGGCUCCCAAACUUGGUAGACACAGAUCAAACAGCGUAUCUGAAAAACGACGAAAAUAUGUUGGCCAGCCCGUUUAUAUUAGGGUUUUCAGGCUCCAUCGAAGAUAAUGCCACCGAUAUAAUGAAUAUUUUAGAUCCGAAGGAAAAAAAGAAUUUCAGCCCUUGGGGUGGGAAAAGGAGUAAAGCUAGCGUCGAGCACAUGUGGACUUGGAAACGAUCGGCCAAUGUAAGAGAGCCAAAUAUGCCGAAAAGGGUGCGGUUUUCGCCGUGGGGCGGUAAACGGUCGGGACAAAUGAUCCUUAAACCUGGUGCCAAAGGAUCGAAGUUAAUAUUCUCCACGACAGUGCCAGAGCUAACUCGGAUCGUAUCGAAUUUCUCGCCCAACGCAAAGAGUUUUGAUUUAACGGGUUACCAGUUCAUACCAUCACUGGACAAGAGGCAUCCUAUCAAGAUAUUAGCGCUGAGUACCAAAGUAGAUGAAAAAACUUUGAGAGAAGCUCUUCCAUUUAGGACGUUCCUGGAAUCUUUGCCGAAAAUCUUUAAGCCCGGACACCCGUAUGUAGAUGUGAACUUGAAGAAAGAUGGCAAGAGGAAAGUAAAGUUUAGUGCAUGGGGCGGGAAGAGAUCGCCACCUAUAAUAGGACCUAUCUGGACCCCUGCUCCUCAAGAUGUUAAGGAAUCGACUCUCAACACGAUACUUUUGCUAAGGAACCACGACAACGAUGAAACGACAAAAGCUUUUUAA